AGAAGGGGGAACCCACGGCAGGGAGGAGGGAAAGAGGGCGGGCGUGGAAGGAGAGAACUGAAGUGCAGGGGCACCGUCAUGGUGAGAAGAUGGAAGAAGUGGCAGUGAAGCAGGGCCCCCUGUAUCUUCUGCAGCAGCAGACUUUUGGAAAGAAAUGGCGCCGGUUCGGGGCUAUGCUGUAUGGAGAGUCGGGCUGCGCCCUGGCCCGACUGGAGCUCCUGGAAGGCCCCGAGAAGCCGCGCCGGGGAGAGCCUGCCAGGAGGGUGAUCCGCCUCAGUGACUGCCUACGGUUGGCUGAGGCCGGCGGGGAGGCCAGCAGUCCCCGGGAUACCAGCGCCUUCCUCCUGGAGACCAAGGAGCGCCUGUACCUGCUGGCAGCCCCCGCUGCUGAGCGCAGUGACUGGAUGCAGGCCAUCUGCCUCUUGGCCUUCCCUGGCCAGAGGAAGGAGCUGCUGGGGCCGGCGAGGAAGGGCAGCUGGCCCUGCAUGGAGGAGAAUGAACUGUACAGCAGCGCGACCACAGUGGCCCCCCGCAAGCAGUUCUCUGUGACCAUGAGACCCACAGAAGCCAGUGAGAGGUGUCGGCUCCGGGGAUCCUAUACCCUGCGGGCUGGAGAGAAUGCUCUGGAGCUGUGGAGUGGCCCUGAGCUGGGCACCCAGCUAUAUGAGUGGCCUUACAGGUUCCUGAGGCGCUUUGGGCGGGACAAGGUAACGUUUUCCUUUGAGGCAGGCCGGCGUUGCGUCUCUGGAGAGGGCAACUUUGAGUUUGAAACCCGUCAAGGCAAUGAGAUCUUCUUGGCUCUGGAAGAAGCCAUCUCUGCCCAGAAGAACAGCACCCUUCCUGGGCCCCAAACCCAGCCAGCCGCAGCCCCUGCGGUGCUGCCCCGGCCAGAAAGCCCCUAUUCCCGGCCUCACGACUCACUGCCACCUCCAUCGCCCACCACUCCAGUCCCCACUACCCGGCCGCAGGGUUCAGAGGGGGAAUACGCAGUGCCCUUCGACGCAGUGGCCCGUAACCUGGGGAAGAGCUUGAGGGGCAUCCUGGCGGUUCCUCCUAAGAUCCCAGUGGACCCUCUCUAUGACAGCAUUGAGGAGCACCCAGCCCCGCACCCCGACCACAUAUAUGAUGAGCCCGAGGGAGUGGCCGCCCUGUCCCUGUAUGACAGCCCACAGGAGCACAAGGGGGAAGCCUGGAGGAGGCAGGCCACAGCUCACAGGGACACCAGCAGCCUCCAGCAAGUCUACUCAGCAGGGCAGGACUUCUCUGCGUCUGGCUGGCCACCGGGAACAGAGUAUGACAAUGUCGUACUUAAGAAAGGCCCUAAGUGAUGGGAGACAGAGGAGAUGUGGACUUUAUUGGAUGCUGGUGCUGAAGCUAUCCUGUGCCUGCUGGGGCACUGGUCAGAGGCUGGUGCAAAGUAGCCUGAGGGCGACCACAGGCCACCCUUCUAGUUUCUACAGGUUACUUCUCCUGGCCACCGCACUCCAGGGACUUCCCUCUGCGCCUUCCAGAGCCCUAGCCUUGGCCUGCCCUAGUCUGGUCUGAGGAGUUGUCCCUCCCAGGGCCUGCUGUGUGAGUCAUAGUCCCAAAGCAGGAAGAAUGCCCUAAAGAGACGCACCCUCCUCCUACCCCUUUUCCACUUCCUCUUCUGUCUUUCCUAAAGGAAGCUUGGGCAUUUAGGGCAGAGGACAAAUGGAUGUCAGCAAAUUGCCCUGGUUCCUUGCCUUAUACAGGCCUCCUCCCUGCUAACGUCCCCUUCAGGGGACCGCCCUGGCUCCAGGCACUAGGAGGAUGGCAGCAGCUUUAUGUAGGUUUUGGGCUUCUCUGUGGCAUUAAACACAUCUGGAAUA